AUGAGUUCAAGUAAAGCAAAUAUCCGCGAUUUUUUCCAAGUAGCAGGAUAAAAAACUUCAGAUUCUAAAGGUAAAAUUGUUGUGCAGCAAACACCUUCCCAGAGUAAAACUUAAACAAAAUCAAGGGAUGCUGAUUCAAGAUUUGAUCGUUCAUAAAAGAGAGAAAAGUCUAAAAUUAAAGGUACUAAUGGAAAUGGCGGUGAUCUUGAAAAGUCAAAUAAAAAGUCAACCAAAAAUGUUACCAAAAAAUAACUUGAUGAAUAGAUGGAACCUUAAGAUGAAAGAGGAACUUUAGAAAUAAAAUCCUCACAAAAAUCAAUUAUUUAAAAAACGCCAUAAAAGUAAUCUUAAAGCUAGGCUCAACAGAUGUCGCAGCUCUCAGUAAAAAUGAGAGAUCAAACUCCUUAAAAAUAAUCUUAAGUAUAGUCAUCUUAGUAAAUUCCUGUGAGAUCAUCUCCUAGAAAAAACUCACCUUAAAAAUCUCCUGCCAAGCAUCAACAAGAUGUAGAGAUGAAAGACGAAGAUGAUUAGCUUGAUAAAAAUAACACUCUAUAGAAUUAACGAAACACCAGAAGCAACAAUCAUAGUCAAGUCCCAAUCAACCUUGCAAGCAAUAAUGGAAGAUAAUCUUAGAUGCAGAGUCAAAUCUCAUAUCAGAAUAAUCGCAAUACUUAGAAUAGAGAAGAAGAGAAGAAAUCAAAUUCUAGAAAUGCUUCAUAAAAUAAUAGAUCGAGAGGAGUUAGUAAGGUGCUCAAUGAAGAUAGUGAUAAGGAAAACCCUGACAAAGAAGAAGAAAUCAUGACUUCUAGGAGAGGUGUCAGAGGUAGAGUAGUUGUAGACGAUUCUGAUGAGGAAACAGAGCAGUAAAGAAAAUCUCGACUUGCCAAGAAAAGAGUACUAGAUGAUGAUGAGGAAGAAAAUUAAGGAAAGCAUUUAACUAAUAAGAGAUAAAAAGUUAUUGAUGAUGAAGAGGAAUAUAAAUAGAAUGAUGCUAAGUCUCAAUAAAAAACACCAAUUAAGUAAGAACAAAAGAGUUAGAUUGACAAGUAUCUUGAAGAAAUGUCUUAUAAAAAGGGCUAAGCCAAAAAAGAAACAGGAGUUACUCCUUAACUUGAAAAGCUCAAGAUUGACGAUAAGCAUUAAUCUUCUUAGAAUGAAAGAAAAUCAGUUGGAAGACAAAUGCCCUAAUCAAUUUCUUAAAAGUCUUAGGGCAACAAGACCCCCAUUAAUAACUUAAAGUCUUCAUAGCCACAUCAAAACUAAAAGAAGUAAGAUGAAGAUAUGGACAUGGAAAUAGAUUUAGAUGACUUGAAAGAUGCAAUUUAAGAUAAACCUUUGGAGGGACUGACAUUUGUGAUUAGCGGUGAGUUCUAGAAUAUUUCCCGUUAAAAGCUAGAGUCGACAGUUGUUGAGAAAGGCGGUAGAGUCACUUAAGCAGUUUCUGGUAAGACUAGCUAUUUGAUUAUUGGCUAUAAGCUUGAGGAUGGCAGAACUCCUGAGUAAGGGUCCAAGUAUGCUGCAGCUAAGAAUAAAAAGAUACCUAUCAUUACUGAAUUAGAGUUCGAAAGCCUAAUAAGAGAGAAAUCUGGAGAUUAAUCUUAUGCUCUCGGCGAGUAAAGAGCAACACUUAUGGCUAACUCUUCAGCAACAGCUGGACUUGAGUAGGCUUUGAAGGAGAAAAGGUAAAGUAUGGUAUCAUAACAUGAUGGCGAGAACUUAGCAGGGUCGAUGGGAAACGAAAUGUGGACUGAUUUAUAUGCACCUAGAUUAACAAGUGAUUUAGUUGGUAACAGAGGGAUUAUAAAUGAUUUAGAGGUAUGGCUUAGGGACUGGGAUGAUGUUCAUGUUAGAGGUAAUAAAAAGUAAAUUCCUUUCAGAAGAGGUGUUAGUUUCGAAAACCUACCAAGAGUUAAUGCUAAAGCAGCACUUCUAAGUGGACCUCCUGGUAUUGGCAAAACUAGUUCUGCAAGAAUUAUUUGCAAGUAGCUCGGGUUUGAAGUACUUGAAACUAAUGCAAGUGACACUAGAAACAAAAAUGCAAUCAACAAUAUGCUUUAAGUUCUCUCAUCAAAUCAGUCUUUGGAUUAUUUCAGUGUAGCUGGCUUGAAGAAGCAUCAGGAGGAUGAUAAGUUCUCAUCAGGCUAGUAAACAAAGAAAUCUGUUAUUAUUAUGGAUGAAGUAGAUGGAGUCGGUGCUGGAGAUAGAGGGGGGCUUUAGGCUCUGAUGCAAGUAAUUAAACUUACCAAGACUCCAAUCAUCUGUAUUUGCAAUGAUAGAGACAACAGAAAGCUUUAGACAUUGGUUAACAAUUGUUAUGAUUUGAAAUUUCAAAGACCACAUGUCAAUGAUGUCGCAGAGAGAGUCAAGUUCAUAUGCUAACAGGAGGGUCUUCAACUUGACAAAGAGACUAUGCUUAAAAUCAUUGAGAGCUCAGGCUAUGAUAUAAGAUAGAUCAUCAACAUCCUUUAAAUGUGGAAGAAUCAGUAGAUGGACACUAGUUUUCUAAAGAAUAUCAGCAAAGAUGAGAGUGUCAUGAUCAAUAAUUUCGAUGCGGCACACAGACUGCUCAAUCACGGUGCACAGAAUAUGGAUAUUAAAUACCCUUAGUUCAGACAAAAGAUGGACCUGUUCUUCAUUGAUUAUGAUCUAAUACCAUUGCUAGUUCAAGAGAAUUAUCUUUACACUAUGGGCGAUAGAAACAAGCUAGAGGAUAUUGAAAAGAUGGCUGAUGCUGCAGAAUUCAUAUCACUAGGUGAUUCUAUUUCAAGAUAGGUAAGAACUAACUAAGAUUGGUCCUUGCUCCCAAAUAUGGGUCUUUGCUCAGCAAUUGCGCCUUGUUUACUAGUCAAAGGAUCAGCGUUCAGACCAAGGUUUCCUGAAUGGCUUGGCAAAAACUCUUCCCAGAGAAAGGCAAAGAGACUCAUUAGAGAACUUAAAAAGGCUAUGACUCAUCAUGCUUAAGCUUCAAGAAUGGAAAUCUAAAAUGAAUAUACGUAGCUAAUUCUAGCUUAUAUUCUAAAGUUCCUUAAAAAACACGAAAAAACUGGAGAUGGCGAAAAUAUCUAAAUUCUUUUGGAUUUCAUGAAAGAUCUAGGUCUUAACAUAGAUCUAUUCAAAGAACACUUAAUGCUACUUUGCAUGAACAAAUCUAUUGUUGAGGAUUUCGAAAAAAUUGCUCCAACCACUAAAAGCGCAUUCACAAGAGAGUUCAAUAAAGAAAAUAAAGAUGACUUAAAAGGUAAAAAAGUUAAAACUAAGGGCGGGAAAGCUGGAGGAACUUCAACAGCAGACAACAAAUCCCUAUCUACUAAUGUUGAAGAAGGUGCUGAAGAUAUUGAAGACGACGAGGAGGAUAUGAAUGAUGCUUUGAUUGAUGAAGAGGGUCUUUUAGAAAUUAAAAAAGGAAAAUAGAUUGAAAAAGAGAUGGAAAAGAAGAAUAAAAAGGAAAAAGUGGAGAAAUUUGAGAUGAUUAAGAUUGAUAAAGGAAACGAGAAGGGAGGAAAGAAAGGCAAAGCUGGAACUGGAAAGAAAGCUCCUGCUAAGCCAAAAACAACUGCAGCCAAAAAGGGUAAAAAAGGUUAGGAUGAAAGCAUGGAGUAUGAGAGUGAUUUUAUUGACGACAGUGAUGAUGAACCUAAAAAGAAGAAAAAAGCUCCAGCUAAGAGUGCUGGUGCUAAAGGAAAAGGCAAGAAAUGA